AUGCAGCUCCAUGGUGCUGCCCCUUACCAAGCCAACUGCCUGCCUACAACAUCAACUUCAAUUCACCACAGUCCCUUUGCCGCCCUUGAUAUACCCCCUAUAACCUUUUUUAAUUCUUUCUUUUUCCCCAGAAGUACUUCGACAACCGCCUGCGCCGUCAUGAAGCUGUCGCGCCUCUUGCAAUUGCCAGUCCUGCUGGCGGCCUCGACGCUGGCCCCCGCGGUCCUCGCCGAACACACGAGCAACUGGGCUGUCCUCGUCUGCACCUCGCGCUUCUGGUUCAACUACCGCCACCUCGCCAAUGUCCUCUCCAUCUAUCGCACUGUCAAGCGUCUUGGCAUCCCCGACUCACAAAUCAUUCUCAUGCUGCCCGAUGACAUGGCCUGCAACCCGCGCAACGCCUUCCCCGGAACCGUCUACAGCAACUCGGACCGCGCCGUGGACCUGUAUGGAGACAACAUCGAAGUCGACUACCGCGGCUAUGAGGUUACGGUGGAGAAUUUCAUCCGUCUGCUGACAGACCGCGUCGGCGAUGAGAUGCCUCGCAGUAAGCGCCUCUUGACGGAUGACCGCAGCAAUAUCUUGGUAUACAUGACGGGCCACGGUGGCAACGAAUUUUUGAAGUUCCAGGAUGCGGAGGAAAUUGGUGCUUUUGACUUGGCGGAUGCUUUCGAGCAGAUGUGGGAAAAGAAGAGAUACCACGAAAUCCUCUUCAUGAUCGAUACCUGCCAAGCGAACACGAUGUACAGCAAGCUUUACUCUCCCAACAUCAUCGCGACCGGCUCUUCCGAGCUCGACCAGUCCUCUUACUCUCACCACGCCGACAACGACGUCGGAGUCGCAGUCAUCGACCGCUACACCUACUACAACCUCGAGUUCCUCGAAUCCCAGGUCCAGGACCUGAGCUCCAAGAAGACGGUCGGCGAGCUCUUCGACAGCUACACAUACGAGAAGAUCCACUCUAAUGCCGGCGUGCGCUACGACCUGUUCCGCGGCGGUGCCGACGCCGCCCGCAGCCGUCGCAUCACCGACUUUUUUGGUAAUGUGCAGAAUGUCGAGGUUGAUGGGGUCAAGAACAUGGUACUUGACGAGGAGCUGCUGGAGCUGAGCCAGAAAAUCGCUGCAUUGAAGCGGAGAGCCGACGAGGCGGACGCUGCGGCGAAGAACGCGACUCUCGCUGAGAUGGCCAAGGGUGAGGCACCCAAGGCGAGGACUCAGACUAAGCGGGUGCAGAUGGCCAAGCCUUUGACGAACGACAACUGGUGGGCAAAGAAGCUUAUUGGCGCCACAGCGCUGGCUGGAUGUGCUAUGCUGUGGGCUCUCGGAGCAUACCUUGAGGCCCCGAAGAAGGUGGACGAUGAGACCAAGAAGACAACUGGGCUGAAUGGCCAUGCGCCAGUCAAGGCAUAA